GAGGUAUAAAAGCGACGGGCCCUUCACAAUUGCAAUUUAGUUUCGACCAAGAAGCGCUCGUUAUCGCAAUGGUUGUGGUUCGUGUGAGUUGUAUGCUGGCCCUUUUGCUGAUCGCCGGUCAAGGUCAGACGGCGCCCGUCAAGGCCGAAGGUCGUACUUUCGGCCUCCUGGGUGGCGGAUUUGGCGGCACUGUGGGCCUGAGUGCCGGGAUCGGAGUGGGCGGUGGCCUCUAUAGCGGAUUUGGAGGAGGAGGCGGCGGCUAUCCUGGUGGCUAUGCCGGUGGCUAUCCCGGCGGUUAUGGCGGCUACUCCGGCUACGGAGGCGGUGGCUAUGGAGGUGGCUACUAUCCAGGCGGAGGCUACUCCGGCUUUGGACACCGGCCACACCAUCAUGGAGGAUUCCAUCCGGGCGGUGGAUCCUACUACAACCAGGGCGGAUCUUAUGGCGGCCAUUACAGCCAGUCGCAGUAUUCGAAUGGAUAUUACAACGGAGGUGGCUACGGAGGCGGUGGCUAUGGCGGCGGCGGCGGCGGUUUCUUUGGCAAAUAAUGCUCCUAAAUCUCGCCACCUGUCCAUUAAAGUACUUGUGAUUCGCACUUUGUAGAUUGUAAAAUACAAAAAACAACAGAAACCAGAAA